GGGCGGCGGCGGCGGCGGAGGCGGAGGACGCCGCCCGUGAUGGACGCCGCCCCGAGAUAGCCGCCGCCGCCGCCGCUGCCAUGAGCCAGCCGCCUGCAGGGGGCGCCGCCGCCGAGCCUCGCCUGCACCCCGAGGGCAGCAGCGGCCGGAAGCAGCAGCGAGCCUCCUCCCCGGCCAGGGCCCGCGACACCCCGUCGCGGCCGCCGCCCGCCGCCGCCGCCGCCGCCGCCUCCCGCGGCCCGCCCGCCGCCGCCGCCGCCGCCGCCGCCGCCGCCAAGGCCGCUUCAGCGCGGCCGCCGCCGGGCCAGGCCCCCAGAGCCGCCCGCGGCCGCGCCGCCGACAGGCCGCCGCGCGGCGCGGGGCCGCCGGGAGCUGUCCAGCCCGGCGCCGGUGCUGAACCGCCGCCCGCCGCCGGGAGAGCCGCCGCCGCCGCCGAGGAGCCGCCGCCGCCGCGCGCCGCCGAGGAGGCGCCCCCUGCAGGAGGCGGCGGCGGCGGCGGCGGGGGGGAGCGGGAGCGGGAGCGGGAGCGGGAGCGGGAGCGGGAGCGGGAGGGGGCGGUGGCGCCGCAGCCGCCGCCGCCGCCCAAGCAGUGGCGGGGGAAAGCGGGGCGGUCUCCGCUGAAGGGCGCGGGGGAGGCGGCCCCGGCCCCGGCGCCUCCAUCUUCCUCGGGCGCGGGGAAGGGCCGCGGGGCGGCGGGCGGCGGCGGCGGCGGCGGGUACUGGAAGGAGGGAUGCCUGCAAAGUGAGCUCAUCCAGUUCCACCUCAGGAAGGGGCUGGCGGCGGCUGCCCAGAUGCAAACCAAGGGCAGCAACCACAGCAGCAGCGGCAGCGCUUCCUCCGCCGCCGCCUCCGCGGCCGCCGCCCCGGCCGAGCCUCCCCCGGCCGCCUCCGCCUCCUCGCCCUCUGCCAUGGCGGCGGCCGGGGCGGAGGGGCUGCGGCAGGGCGAGGCGGGCGGCGGCGGCGGCAGGAGCGGCGUCCCCGAGGGCGCCCUGAGCCCGCAGCUGCAGGAGGAGAUGCAGGAAGAGAUGGAGAAGCUGCGGGAGGAGAACGAGAGCCUCAAGAAUGAGAUAGAUGAGCUGAGGACAGAGAUGGACGAGAUGAGGGACAGCUUCUUCGAGGAGGACGCUUGUCAGCUACAAGAAAUGCGCCACGAACUGGAGCGAGCCAACAAGAACUGCCGGAUCCUUCAGUACCGGCUGCGCAAGGCCGAGCGCAAGAGGCUCCGUUACGCCCAGACUGGCGAGAUCGACGGCGAACUCCUGCGCAGCAUGGAGCAGGACCUCAAGGUUGCAAAAGAUGUAUCGGUGAGACUUCAUCAUGAGUUAGAAAACGUGGAAGAAAAACGUACUGUAACUGAAGAUGAAAAUGAAAAAUUAAGACAGCAGCUUAUAGAAGUGGAAAUUGCGAAACAAGCACUACAGAAUGAACUGGAAAAAAUGAAAGAGCAAUCACUGAAAAGAAGAGGGAGCAAAGACCUACCGAAAUCAGAAAAAAAGUCACAGCAGACACCGACAGAGGAGGACAACGAAGACCUGAAAUGCCAGCUACAGUUUGUCAAAGAAGAAGCAGCCUUGAUGAGGAAGAAAAUGGCUAAGAUUGAUAAAGAGAAAGACAGAUUUGAACAUGAGCUGCAAAAGUAUAGAUCAUUUUAUGGGGAUUUGGACAGCCCCUUGCCAAAAGGUGAAGCAGGUGGGCCACCUACCACAAGAGAAGCUGAACUCAAGCUUCGAUUGAGACUUGUAGAGGAGGAAGCUAACAUUCUUGGGAGGAAAAUAGUGGAAUUAGAAGUAGAAAAUAGAGGACUGAAAGCAGAGCUUGAUGAUUUAAGAGGAGACGAUUUCUCAGGGACAGCUAAUCCACUCCUGGGAGAGCAGAGUGAAUCCAUUUCAGAAUUACGGCAGCAUUUGCAGCUAGUAGAAGAUGAAACAGAAUUGCUGAGGAGAAAUUUAGCUGAUUUGGAAGAACAAAACAAGCGCAUAACAGCUGAGCUGAACAAAUACAAGUACAAGUCCGGGGCCCAUGAGAGCUCUAGGCACCAUGAUAAUGCCAAGACAGAAGCCUUACAGGAGGAGCUAAAAGCUGCACGAAUGCAGAUCAAUGAGCUGAGUGGCAAAGUCAUGCAACUCCAGUAUGAGAACAGAGUCUUAAUGUCCAACAUGCAGCGCUACGACUUGGCCUCUCAUCUUGGGAUCCGUGGCAGUCCCAGAGACAGUGAUGCUGAAAGCGAUGCAGGAAAAAAGGAGAGCGAUGAUGAUUCCCGCCCCCCUCACCGCAAAAGGGAAGGCCCCAUUGGUGGGGAAAGCGACUCCGAAGAGGUACGCAACAUUCGGUGCCUGACACCCACGAGGUCUUUUUAUCCAACACCAUCAGGGUGGCAGAAAAGCUUCACUGACAGGCAGCAGAUGAAGGACAUUCGCUCGGAAGCUGAGCGGCUGGGCAAGACAAUAGAUCGCUUAAUUUCUGACACGAGCACCAUCAUAACAGAGGCGAGAAUCUAUGUAGCUAACGGGGACCUCUUUGGACUGAUGGAUGAGGAAGACGAUGGCAGCAGAAUACGCGAGCAUGAGCUUCUUUACCGGAUCAACGCACAGAUGAAGGCCUUCAGGAAAGAGCUCCAGGCUUUCAUCGACAGACUCGAAGUUCCAAAGUCUUCGGAUGAUCGAAGUGCAGAUGAACCUUUGUCAGUGAGUCAGAAAGUCACAGACGCAGUGAGUUUAAAGCUAAUCACUUACUAUACAUGUAUUGCAUGAAAUCCAACAGAAACGGCAUUUAGCAUGCUCACUUUCUGACCUACCAAUAGCUCUGAGCUUGUAGAGCUCCCAUUAGCUUAAAGGCAGAGCGCUGCAUGGACUUAUACAAAUUUAAAGCAAACUCCAUUCAUAUUUUCUCUAAACAAAUAACAGCAAUAGUUAAAUUGGACAUUUCAGGACUUGACCAUGCAGAACUCCUACUGAAGUCAAUGGGAGAUGGACACUUGGUCCCUCCACAAGCAUAGUCUGAUUCACUAUUUAUUUUGUUGAAACUUUGGACUUGCUAUUCCAUUAAUUGACUGUUCUCUCUGUCUUUGUAUUUACUU